GUCACAACAAAGAAAACACAAUCCAUCGACCAUCACAUGUCUCAACUAACACGACUUAACCUAACUGUAUAAUAUGUGUAUGUGAAAGGAAUCUUUGUUGUCAUGAAUUCCGAGUAAUAGUUCAUUUAUUUGUUUACAGAUAUUUUAAAUACUGAUUUGGACACUGCAGCUGGAGCUAAACACCUACACGGUUGUUAGUGAAAAUGGGAAAACUUAAUGUAACUAUGUUGAGAUACCUCACGAAAGAAGACUUCAGAGUUCUUACAGCAAUAGAAAUGGGAAUGAAAAACCACGAACUGGUUCCGGGAGCUUUAAUUGCAUCUAUAGCAAAUCUACGCCAUGGUGGAGUCCAUAAGCUUCUUAAGGAACUGAGCAAACAUCGGUUGGUCAGCUAUGAAAGAGGGAAGCACUAUGAUGGCUAUCGCUUAACGAAUGCAGGCUAUGACUACUUGGCUCUUAAAACAUUGACCUCUCGUGGAGCUGUGGCUUCUUUUGGAAACCAAAUUGGAGUCGGAAAGGAAUCCAAUAUCUAUGUUGUGGCUAAUGAGGAUGGCGAAGCACUUUGCUUGAAGCUCCACAGGUUGGGCCGUACUUGUUUCCGGAACUUAAAAGAGAAGAGGGACUACCACGCUCACAGAAACAAGGCAGGAUGGCUGUACUUGUCUCGAAUAUCGGCUGCGAAGGAGUUUGCGUACAUGACGGCCCUUCACAACAGAGACUUUCCUGUACCCAGACCGAUUGAGUGCAACAGACACUGUGUUCUUAUGGAAUUAGUUCAAGGAGAACCUCUGUGCCGAAUCAGUGAAGUCUCAGACGUAGAAGCACUCUACGACAGUCUGAUGAAUCUUAUUGUCCAGUUGGGCAGCUAUGGGGUGAUCCACGGUGACUUCAAUGAGUUCAACAUCAUGGUGACAGAGGAUGGCAAGCCUGUCGUCAUUGACUUUCCUCAGAUGACCUCCACAUGCCACACCAAUGCGCGCAUGUUUUUUGAACGAGAUGUGAACUGUAUCCGAGACUUUUUCAAAAGAAGAUUUGGAUAUGAAAGCUCUUUACAUCCAACGUUUGAUGACAUAUCGAGGGAGGAUAUUUUAGAUGCUGAAGUUAAUGCUAGCGGAUUCACCCGACAAAUGGAGAAAGAUCUGUUGGCGGAAAUUGGCUUGGGAGAGGAUGAUGAUGAUGGAGAAGUAGAGAAUGAAGAUGUAUGUAAUAGGGAAGUAGGAAAAGAAGAUAUACAAUUUUUGAGGGAAGAAGUAGAAAAAUGUUUAUUGGAUGAUGAGAAACCGAAACCGGACGUGGUGGAACAAAGAGAAUAUCAACAGUCGCAACCUGAGGACCAUGGGAAUAGUUCUGUCGAGGAAGGCAGUGACACAGAGACUGAGAUUCACAGUGUACGCAGUGUCUCUACGACUUCCACCAUCCCCCCUCACGUAAUACAGGACAGGGUGAAGAAAGCUCUUGUCAAGCGGCGGCAAGCUGAGGCCAGACGGAGGUGUGUGGCCAAGGGAGAGGCCAGUGCUGUUACGAGGAAGAGAAGGGAAAACCAACACACUAUCAAAGACAGUUCAGGCAUCUGGGGAUGGGAGUGAUUCAAUAAAGUGAUCUUUAAAA